AGCCCCCAGCCGGGACCAAACGGCAGCCUCUCUCCGGCUGUGUGCCCUUAUCUACCAAUGGAAUGCAACAGCUGUGCGGGGGAGCAGCAGGGUGGGCUGGCUGAAACCCCCCUGCCAGACCCCUGCCUGGCUCCCCCACCACCACCACCACCACCACCUCCACCUCCAAGGGACGGACCGGGCUCCUGAAAGGCAGCUCAACUAAAAAGUGAGCUAGGCACACACACAGUGAGGGACUCGGCAGGGCUGCUGCACAUUCAAAAUAGAGGGAGAGGGAGGGAAGAGAGAGAGAGCGAGCGAGCAGGAGAGAGAGAGAGACAGGGAGGGAGAGAGAGAGAGAAGGAGAGUCAGGGACAGGCAGUGCUGAAAAGGAGAGCACAAAGAGAAGGAAAGUGGAGCAGGGGAGGGGAACAGGAGGCUGGGUGAAGGGAGAGGGAAAGACAAAAGAAGGAGAGAGGGGCGACCGAGCCGGGUGAACGGAGGGGACUGAGCAAAUGGCCACGGAGGAGACGGCCGGGGGAGCCAGGAAAGCCACCAAGAGCAAACUGUUUGAGUUCCUGGUCCAUGGAGUGCGUCCUGGCAUGCCGUCUGGAGCGAGGAUGCCCCACCAGGGCGCCCCCAUGGGCCCCCCCGGCCCCCCGUACGGAGGGAGCCCUGCUGUGCGGCCCGGCCUGCCCACCCCGGUGAUGGAGCCCAGUCGCAAGAGGCCCGCCCCCUCCCAGCAGGUCCAGCAGCAGCAGCAGCAGCAGCAGCAGCAGCAGUCCGUCCAGAGCCGGUCCAGAAAUGCUAAGAGAAGGAAAAUGGCAGACAAGAUUCUUCCGCAAAGGAUCCGGGAGCUGGUGCCGGAGUCUCAGGCCUACAUGGACCUGCUGGCCUUCGAGCGCAAGCUGGACCAGACCAUCAUGCGCAAACGUGUGGACAUCCAGGAGGCGCUGAAGAGACCGAUGAAGCAGCAAAAGCGUAAACUGAGGCUUUACAUCUCCAACACCUUCAACCCCGCCCGACCCGACGCCGAUGACUCAGAUGGCAGCAUUGCAUCUUGGGAGCUGCGAGUAGAGGGGAAGCUGCUCGAUGAUCCGGGGAAGCAGAAGAAGAAGUUCUCUUCCUUUUUUAAGAGCCUGGUGAUCGAGCUGGACAAGGACCUGUACGGCCCGGACAACCACUUGGUCGAGUGGCACCGCACGCCCACCACCCAGGAGACGGACGGCUUCCAGGUUAAGAGACCCGGAGACGUGAGCGUGCGCUGCACUCUGCUGCUGAUGCUGGACUACCAGCCUCCGCAGUUCAAGCUGGACCCGCGCCUGGCUCGCCUGCUCGGGAUUCACACCCAGACCCGCUCCUGCAUCAUCCAGGCUCUGUGGCAGUACGUCAAGACCAACAAGCUGCAGGACUCCCACGACAAGGAGUACAUCAACUGUGACAAGUACUUCCAACAGAUUUUUGACUGCCCGCGGCUGAAGUUCUCCGAGAUCCCUCAGCGUCUCACCAACCUCCUUCUGCCCCCCGACCCCAUCGUCAUCAACCACGUGAUCAGCGUGGACCCCAAUGACCAGAAGAAGACGGCGUGCUACGACAUCGACGUGGAGGUGGAGGACCCCCUGAAGGGCCAGAUGAGCAGCUUCCUCCUCUCCACCGCCAACCAGCAGGAAAUCGCCUCACUCGACAACAAGAUCCACGAGACCAUCGAGUCCAUCAACCAGCUGAAGAUCCAGAGGGACUUCAUGCUCAGCUUCUCCAGAGAUCCCAAGGGCUACAUCCAGGACUGGCUCAAAUCUCAGAGCAGGGACUUAAAGUUAAUGACGGACGUGGUGGGGAACCCUGAGGAGGAGAGGAGGGCCGAGUUCUACCACGAGCCUUGGUCUCAGGAGGCCGUGAGCCGCUAUUUCUACUGCAAGAUCCAGCAGAGGAGGCAGGAGCUGGAACAGGCCUUAGCUGUCCGCAACACCUAAACCAACCGAGGCCCUCCUGCACCUCUGCAUCUGAUCCCAGAGCCGUGUGUGUGUGUGUCUGUGUGUGUCUGUGUGUGUCUGUGUGUGUGUGAGGCCAUCGCUGUAGUCUGCUGAAACCUAAUACCUCUCAAAGUGUCAGUAACUUAAAAAAAACAAACGCAGCCUUCGUCUUUGUGAUAGCGAUUACAUUUUUUUAAGGGUUUUGAAAAGGAAAAUUUGAAAUUUGAGGGGGUUUCCACGAGCCGGCAGCGAUGUGCAUGAGUGGGAGACAAGACCCCCGACAGACCCCCGACGCUCGGCAGCUCGGUCGCGUGUCCUUUGUUUUAUUUUGUCUGUGCAGAACCGUGAGGACACCGUUGCUAAUCGCAUGUUUUUAGCCGUCAGAGGUCGACAUCCUUCGUCUCACUGACGGAUAAACGACGCUCCUCAUCAUCACUCUCUCUCCGCUUUGUAAAUACUAUCAAACCCCCCCCACCCCAAGUCCAACUCACCUGACUGCUCUGGAUCCUCAGAAGACCUCGGACCCGGUGUCACAUUUUAAUUUUCUCAAUCAUUUUUUCCCGGGGAGGAUUGAUCGUCAGUGUGCGUUUGUUUCAUUUGUUCUCAUGAGGAGAGUGUUCUUGGAAACACUGAGGAGUAACUACACCAGCAAAGUGGAGGUGGGACACAGUGGGGGGGGGUUGCAGGGAAUCAUUGAUAUCGAUAAACCUGAGAUUGUCAUUUCCAGGUUUUGACAGAAUCCGUUUGACGACAACCAACAUGUCUCACUUAAGUCUUAUUCGCCUGGUAAACUGAUUUUUCUUUUUACGACGAUUCCUACGACAGUAUUAGAUGAGUUAACUGUGAGUAUUAAUCACACAAGCAGAUCCCAGGUCUGUGUUUUAAUGAAGGACAAAACCAGUAUUGAUCAUUGUCACGAUAUCUUUUCUUCCCUUAAUCAAAGCAAGAUGUUCCUUGUACAUGUUGAGAUGUUUGGCCAGUUAAUGUUUUGAAGGUUUUACCAAAGGUUGCAACGAGAGGAAGAGAAACUGAAACGGAAAAUGGACAAAAAUCCAGAUCUGGUUUUUAGGCGAAAUUGCAAACAGGAAGAAAAAAAACUCUUCGGGUGGUUUGGUCUUAAAUGUUCUUUUUAAACAAACUCAGUCGAGCUCGCCCCCCCGCCAAGGCCCAAACAAGCCUUUUAAAUUAAAUCAAGCUGCACCAAAUUUCACACGCUCAUAGUUAGUAGUCCCUAAAUGUGCCUGAUUAUUUCCAUCAAGAUCCAUGAAUUAUUCCCUGGGAAAUAGAUAAUCUUUAAUCUCUCUGUCCAGAUUGGCACUGACAUUGAACGGCUUUCCUCUUGGCUCAGGUCUCAUCCUUCCACCAAGUCGCAUUGGAAAUCCAUUCAGUGGUUUGGUUCUGCAGAGAGAGCUUCCUUGGCGGAGGGAAAAACUAAUUGCAAUAAACACUUAAAAAGCCCCGGUUUGAAGCUUUGUCCAUUUCUACACUUUUUUAUUGGUACAUGAAGAAGUUUUGUUUGUUUUCUAGAGAUGUGAAUGUAAAUAAGUUGUUUUCCCUGCAGAGGGCCGACUGUACAGUACCCGACAGAUUAUGUGUGUGGUUUGAGUUACAUGGUGCAGGAUGGGAGCUCAAUGAGUUUUGAAUUAGUAGAGCAGGAAUGUUAGCGUUCCUCUGCAUCCCCUCUCGGGUCGGGGGGGGGUUUAUUUUAGGUCCAUCAUGUUUAUCAUGGGAGCGGGGGGGCGUCCCUCGCUCUCGACCACAUCCGUUAGCUGUAACACACGAUAUAAUCCACACCACCUCAUGUUACACUUCUUUUUCUAACACUACACUCGACUUGUACGUACUCGUGGUCCGAUGGAGGGUUUCUCCUCAGCAGUCAGUUUCGAGCUGGAACUCUUUCCUGGGUUUCUUUGCACUCUGCUGUAACUGUUUCGUUUUUUUUUACAUCCCAGCAAACACAAAACGUGAUUGAACGAUUUCACAAAGACCUAUGCAUGCUCCGUGGACAUUCACUAAUACAGCUCAUGGGACGGUUUGUGUAAAUAUAUGGAAAAGGAAGCUGGCAUAGCCGUCUGUGUGAAGACUCGUUGAAAUGCCUUCUGGGAACUUUUUUGCCAAAAAUGACGUGCCCUACCAGCAACUAACUGUAGGUGUGACUUUACUUUCUCGUCUGUGUGUUUUGUUACUAGGUCUAAGUUAUAUUAACUGCACUCGUUAGAGGAGGAACAGUAGUCGGUGGUAGUAUUUUAGUCCUGUGUCGAACCCAGAGGGACUUGUCUUUGUGUGGCCAGGGCUUUCACAUUGUCGUCACUGGAUCACUAGCACCUUCCUGUGGAGGAAAGUGGAAGCUGCAGUACCAGGUUCUUAUCUGAGUCACCAUGACGACUGUGUCUCCUGUUCCUGAAGCCUGGUGACCUGUCCACACGUCCCCCUGCAUGUGUCCCCUCUCUCUGUUUACACUGAGGGUCACCGACAGGAUGAUUAGGGUAUACACGCAUAACACUGUUUAUCGGUAAAGAGCAGAACUUGUUUGGUGACUUACAUUCAACAAAAUGGAAGAAGAGGAGAAAAACAUUAAAAAAAAAGAAGGGAAAACAGCUGUGAUACUGCGAGACAGCCUGGAUGUAAAUAAAGAAGCGCUUGCCAAAGUUUGUAAAUGCCA